AUGAAGGCUUUGCUGAGAAUUGAAGAUCUUAUUCUGAUUCUUCUACAGGUGUACUCUGCGCAAACAGACAAAGUUACCCUUCUAGUGCCAAGCGAUCCUGUGGCUGCUCGAGUAGGUGAGAAUGUCUUGCUUCCGUGCCAACUCUCUCCAAAUGUCAGCGCUGUCAAACUGGAGGUGAAGUGGCUUAAGCUAGAGGAUUCGUAUCCAGUCCAUGCAUAUGCAAAGGGAGCCGACCUGAACGGCAUGCAGAGCCCAGGAUACAGAGGCAGGACUCACCUCUUUAAAGAAGAACUGGGCACUGGCAACGUGUCUCUACAGCUCAGCAGCGUCAGAGUCUCGGACGAAGGAAGAUAUGAGUGUUACGUGGUCUCAUCACAAUGGUUCACAGAUUCACCGAUAAACCUAAAAGUUACGGCCCAGGGCAGCUCCCCCCGCAUCACUCUGCUCGGUCUGCAGGGCGGUGGUGUCAGUCUGCUGUGUGAGUCUGAGGGCUGGUUUCCUAAGCCGAAGCUGCAGUGGAGGAAUGUGAAGGACGCUGAUUUAACAGGGAGGGCUGUUCUCACUGAGAAGCAAGGAACAGACGGACUCUUCACUCUCCAGAGCUCUCUGCAGAUAUCUCAGCAAGAGGCUGACGGGAUCAUCUGUCUUGUAAGACACGGGGAGGAGAAGAGAAUCCUGCAGACCAGAGUUCACAUCACCGGAGAAUUCUUCACGCUGGUCUCCUCCUCGUGGAAGAGCUUGUCUGUGUUCUUUAUAGUUUUUCUCAUACUCGUAGGAUUGUGCAUCCUGGUGGCCGUGUACUACAACAGAAAGAAGAUGAAAGAAUGGGAGAAGCUGCAGAAAAACUCAGUUGCUGUGACUCUGGACCCUGAAACAGCACACCCUUGUCUCAUUGUGUCUGAAGAUGGGAAACGUGUGAGAAAUGAAAUGGAAGAGCAGAAUGUCCCUGACAAUAAACAAAGAUUUGAUGAGCAUCAGUUUGUGCUGGGCAGGGAGGGGUUCACCUCAGGAAGCCACUACUGGGAGGUGGAGUUGGGGGAUAGGGAUAACUGGAAACUGGGAGUCGCCUGCGAGUCUGCUGAGAGGAAAGGACGUUUUGACCUGAAUCCCAGUGAAGGUUACUGGGUGAUUCAGUUACGCAGUGGAGGUGGGCUCUGUGCCUUCAAUGUCUCUGUCAUGGACCCUAAAAAAGUGGGUGUAUAUCUGGACUGUGAAGCGGUGAAGGAUGCUAAACCCCUGCCCCAAAUCGACGAUGCACUGGAUAUGGUGGCAGGAGCUCAGUGGUUCUUCACUUUGGAUUCGACGUGGACCCCCCAGGAGAGACAGAAGACUGCUUUCUCCACAAAGUAUAGACUUUGA